AUGGUGUUGGGCGACGAUCCCAGUGUCAAGCGAGGAAAACCCUCUCCAGACAUUUUCAUCGAGGCGGCCAAUAGGCUGGCCCCAUUGGUGGAUGCCGACAUCGUAGACCAGGGCCCAUUCCCGGAUGUGCUAGCUUUUGAAGAUUCGCCUGUGGGCGCAGCUCGUGCCGCCGGAAUGGAGGUCAUUUGGAUUCCAGACCCAAAAAUAGAGUGCGACCUGUUCAAGCAUGACCCUUUGGUUCAUUAUCUUCCCAGCAUGGAAAACUUUGAUCCAGCUGAUUGGGGACUGCCUCCGUUUCAAGUGCAAUAA